GGCUCGAGAUGGCGCUACUUUGAAAAUGUCUCCAAUUCUAGCUAGUGUUAUGAAAACCAUGUUCUCCAUGCUUUCCCUUUACAAAAUCUGUGGACACCCUCUUGACAGUUAUAUAAAAAGGAGUGGUUAUAGUUCUUGCUUCAUUUCAAAGCAGAUUCUUCGAACUUGUUGCUGUUUAUAAAGAGAGCCUAGUCUGAUUGGAACACUUGCAACUUUUUAAAAGCCCUGAACAACUUCAAGGCAAAUUCCUGGGCUAAAUAAUGGUGAGCAAACAGAGCAGUUCUCGAGCAGAUUCGUUAGACCAUCGUACGGAUCUUCUAUCGCCUGCUGUGGCAGGAGAGACUGUGAACAUGAUGAUCAUGGAGCCGUCUUGGCAACUUAGUAUUGAUAAGUUCCGGUUGCCAGAGAGACGGAUGGAUUCUCAUUCUGGCUUUGGAUAUUUUCUUAAGACACCGAGGAGACACAAGAAAAUUUCAGAGUACUACAGAUGGCAGGAAAAGCUUCUCGAGGGAUUCAAUGAAGUGGAAUCAUUCGUUGAAUUGGGCAUUUCGCCUGGAAGCUUAACGGAGGAUGAAAUGAAACAACUUGCAAGGAAUGAGAGAGUGGCAAUAUAUGCAUCAAAUGCAGCCAACUUGGUGCUUUUCUUUGCUAAAGUGUAUGCUUCUUUUGAGAGCAGAUCAUUGGCAGUGAUAGCUUCAACUUUGGACUCCCUUUUGGAUCUAUUAUCAGGAUUUAUUCUGUGGUUUACUGCUGACGCUAUGAAAAAACCAAAUCAAUAUCGAUAUCCUAUUGGCAAGCAAAGAAUGCAACCUGUGGGAAUAGUUAUUUUUGCAUCAGUAAUGGCAACUCUUGGAUUACAGAUAUUGUUCGAGUCAGGAAGAGAACUUGUUACAGGGGCUCAACCAGAAAGAGAUCCUAACAAAGAAAAAUGGAUGAUUGGCAUUAUCGUCUCUGUCACAGUGGUAAAAUUUGUGCUCUUGUUAUAUUGCCGCAGAUUCAGCAAUGAAAUUGUCAGGACAUAUGCUCAAGAUCACUUUUUCGAUGUCAUUACUAAUUCAAUCGGUCUAGGGUCAGCAGUGUUAGCUAUCAAGUUUUACUGGUGGAUUGAUCCUAUUGGAGGCAUCCUUAUAGCUUUAUAUACAAUGAGCAACUGGGGAAAGACAGUGGUGGAUAAUGUUCGGUCAUUGAUAGGGAGGACAGCUCCACCAGAGUAUUUAGCUAAGCUGACGUAUCUAAUCUGGAACCAUCACAAGGAGAUUAAGCACAUCGAAACCGUUAGAGCAUACACAUUUGGUUGUCAGUACUUUGUGGAGGUUCAUAUAGUCUUGCCACAGGACAUGUCUCUUGAUCAAGCGCAUGAUAUUGGAGAGACACUUGAAGAGAAGCUAGAACAACUUCCUGGAGUUGAGAGAGCUUUUGUCCACGUGGAUAUUGAUACCACUCAUCAUCUGGAGCACAAGUCCAAACGUCCAGGAAUAUUCUGAAAGAAAAUCCCUUAAUGGAGACUA